AUGGGUGGCAAGAACAAUGCCAGUCGCAACGUCGACUACGCGAUUCAUGAGUCCACUUUCCCCGUCAAGCUUCAUUAUCUUCUGAGCGAGACGGAGGACAACGGGAGCGAUCAUAUCAUCUCGUGGCAGCCCCACGGACGGGCCUUUCUAGUACACGACCACGGGGCCUUUGUGGAUCACGUCCUUCCCAACUGGUUCAAGCAAUCCAAGUUCCCUUCGUUUCAGAGACAGCUCAACUUGUACGGCUUCAAGCGCUUUACGGCGGGCCGCGACAAAGGAGCCUAUUAUCACGAAAUCUUCCUCCGUGGCCGACCCCAUCUUGCGCACCGCAUUCCUCGCGUUAAAGUCAAGGGCAGCGGGGUGCGCAAGCCGGGAGCGCCCGAGUCGGAACCCAACCUUUACCUCCGACCCUUUUUGCUCACUUCGGACUUUAACGGUGACGCCACGGCCGAGGAAGAAUUGCACACCGUCUCCAAGAAACCCCACACCGUGAUCCCGGACGGUCCCAGCAGCCAGAGUGGACCGGACGUGGCCCGGAUCGCCGGUAGAGCCCUGCCGGUUGGCUCCGUGGCGGCGCUGUACGCCAACGCUCCGCCACCGAGACCUCCUUUUCCGGGUCGCCCGUCGUUGCAUCACUUUCUGGCAGCGCAACACUGGUCCGGUCCUCCACGCGGGUUCGGUGUCCCGAUGCACAACCCUACCAUGAGAAGAUUCGACCCCACCGCUUUAUCUCCGCACCAAUUGAUGUCCCUACAAACCGCACUGGAGGAAGACAAUAUUCGACAGCGAGAAGCCCUCCUGACUUCGUACGCCACCUUCCCCGGACGGAGCUCGGAGCCGGUGGCGCCAUCCGCUAGUACCCUCCAGAAGUUGUCCAAGAAAUUCGCGGCGACGUCCGCGUCGACCGCCGCCCAAGAUGUAGCCACACUGCUCCAAUUGGCUGCGUCCCUCGGAUACCGCUAG